AUGCAUCGACAAAGUCAAUAUCGAUUAACGUGGAAUCCAGAUAGAUUCCACUUACUUGCACAUCAAGCUAAGCUAUCGCAUUAUUUGGAUUAUAUUCAAUCUUCGAAUGAGAAACCAAAAACGGAUAUUUCCAUUAAACUUAGUGAUAACAGUACAAUAAUGGUUCAUUCGGAAAUAGCAACAGCUCAUUCCGGAUAUUUCCGUCGACAAUAUUUAAAGGAAAUGAAAGCACAAAAGAAACCUGUGACAUUGUUCAUCGAUCACCUCACCAAUUACGAUGCCAAUGCUAUUCGUCGUAUGAUUAACUUCUUCUACAGUGGUAUCCUACCAUGUUCAUUGGCUGAAAUUCCUGAACUUCUAGCCUUGUGCUGUAAACUUCAGGUACCAUCAAUGAGAGCAAUAAUUGAAAAAUUUAUCAUUCAAAAAGCAGCUGAUCAUAACUGUUUAUUGGAUUGUUGGAAUAUAAGUUGUCAUCGACAAUUUGACUUAUCACUUCGAGCAAAAGAUUUUGUGCUCAGUUAUGUGAUGCGUUCUUUGGAAGAAGCAGUUUUGGAUCUACGAUUUGCGCAACUGGAUCAAGCAGCUGUGGAAGAGUUACUGAAACGUGACAAUUUACCGGUCCGUUCGGAAUGUGACGUUCUACGUAUCGCUUUGAUGUAUUAUUUUCGUCGUGAAGGACAUGUGAAUAUGCAAAGUUUGCUGAAUGUUAUUCGAUACAAUUGUGGUAAUGAAACACUCAUGCGGAUGCAUCAAGAUAUUCAAUGUAUAGAUAAUGAGGAGUUGCGCUUUUGUUUCGAGCAAAAUUGCGCUUAUGGAUUGUGGCAAAGUGAACGUCGUCUAUACGAUCAGAAUAUAUGGCCUAUAACAGAUGCGCCAUCGCCACGCAGAAAUCCAAAUGUUGACUGCAACUGGAUUAAUGCGCAAUUUUACACUUUGCUCCAGCCUGCUACUGCAUCUUCUCGAUAG